GGACUCGAGCGCGAUCGUAUCGUUAUUUGGCGCGUCGUCAUUGUGCUACACACGUGUUGCGAUCUCUCCGUUGUUGCAUCCAAUACAGCAAAGUAUACAAAUCAUGCAAAGAAGAAUCGAAUUGGUGGAAGCAUCCUUACGUUAGGUGGAUAUGUAGAUUAGACGCCCCCGGUGCGAAAAGACCUAAUCUACACGUGAGAAGCAUUCCGCGAAGCAGCUGGAACGUGCGGACCGAAUUACAUACAAUUUAGCAAAGUGAAGCGGACAAGUUGCAGAAAUUCCACCGAUAGGACUUUCAGUUUCUAAUCAGCAAUUUGGAAAGAACAUUUCAUCGCGUGACUCACGUGAACUGGUUAGCUGCUCCAAUAGAAACCAUCCAAAAUUGCGCCAUUUUUGGACUUAUGAAAUCCAGCAACAUGAGUGACUACUAGGCAAGUGAUUAAUAGCAACAGUACAAAGCUUAGUCUACGUUCGGAAUCUCUCGACCGAAAAUGACCGCGAAACAUCCCGGAGUGGCCGGCAGUGGACCGUCCUCCAUUCGGCCGCCGUCACAUUUCUCCAGCCAGCGAAACUCGAUGAUGUCGUCGACGGCAUCGCUAGAGGCGGCCAACGAGAGCAAACGACGCUCGAUACUUAUUCUCUCGCUGCUCGCUGCAUGUGCCUUUCUCUUCGUGCUCUGCCUCUGCCUGCUGAGUGCACUGGUGCUGGUCGGCAGGAGGCUGUCGGAACAGUCAUCGCCACCACUGUUCUCGUCGUAUCUCACGGUGAGCAGUGCAAAUCAAACGCCAUCGCCGUCACCAAGUGGCCAUAAGCAGGGUAAGAGCAUCGAUCACUUUAAUCGUCCAAAUCUGUUCGGCACAGAUAAGGGAACAUUUGAUAGGGCAGAAGACGAUUCUGAUAACAACGAAACGACCGGCAACAAUAGGACGUCUAUAUUCCUACCGAAUUCAGUGUACUCAGGAGGGCCGGGUGGCAUGAACGUGUUGAAGAUGGGUUCGAAAGUGCUUGAAAAAUUGAGUUUCCGGCUGCCGCGGCAUAUCAAGCCCCAUCACUACGAUCUGCAGAUGUUUCCGAACCUGGAACAACAGACGUUCACAGGACGGGUUGGAAUCGACAUCACCAUAAGUGAGCCGACGGAUUUCAUUGUGUUGCACAGCAAGCAACUUGCCAUUACGGAUACAAUGGUGAAAAGAAUGAAAGCCGACCGAACGGAGGAGCCGGUUAAGGUGAAACAGGCGUUCGAGUUCGAGCCCCAUCAGUACUGGGUGAUAGAAACAGAGGGGGUCGGGUCGGGCGAGUACCGGUUAAGUAUGAACUUUAGCGGCAAUUUGGCGAACCGGAUCGUUGGAUUCUACAGCAGCACCUACAAGGACAAAAUCAGCAAUACGACCAGAAAAAUCGCCACGUCCAAAUUCGAACCAACUUUCGCAAGGCAAGCAUUCCCUUGCUUCGACGAGCCUGCACUAAAGGCCACCUACAGCAUCCGAGUUGUACACCCCAACACCAACGGCUACCAUGCCCUUUCCAACAUGGAUGCGAACAGCACACUGGUGGAUACUCCUUCCACAGGUUUCAGCACCACCGUCUUCAAUCCGAGCGUACCGAUGAGCACCUACUUGGUGGUGUUCAUAGUUAGUGAUUUCGAGUACGAAUUGGUAAAUGUUGUUCCUUCACUGGGAAGCAGCUUUGACCUGCGUGUAUUCGCGACGCCUUACCAUACCAAUGCUUUGAAUGUCCGCUUCGCGCGCGAUACCGCGGAAAAGAUCAUUAAGCACUACAUCGAAUACUUUAAUAUUGAAUAUCCACUGCCCAAAUUGGACAUGGCAGCCAUUCCGGACUUCGUUUCUGGGGCGAUGGAAACCUGGGGACUGGUUACGUACCGAGAAACCAGUAUUCUGUACAAUUCACUAACAAGUUCAACGGCCAACAAACAGCGAGUCGCGGAGGUCAUUGCCCACGAACUUGCUCACAUGUGGUUCGGUAAUCUUGUAACGAUGAAGUGGUGGAAUGAACUGUGGCUGAACGAAGGUUUUGCCAGUUACAUUGAAUACAAAGGAGUAGACCAUGCCUAUCCGGAAUGGGGAAUCAUGGAGCAGUUUGCGUUGGAUAAUAUGCAUGCGGUGCUUACUUUGGAUGCUACGCUUGGAUCGCAUCCGAUCGUUGUAAAGGUGGAGAGUCCGAACCAGAUUACGGAAAUAUUCGACACAAUUACUUAUUCCAAGGGUGCGUCCGUUAUUCGCAUGUUGGAGGAUUUCGUGAGUGAACCGGUUUUCAAAGAAGGGGUGACGAACUACCUGAACAGGCUUCGCUAUGGAAACGGCGAAUCCAAAGAUCUUAUGGACGAGCUAGAUAAGUUGUUCCAAGAUACUACGGAGCCCGAUCUCACUGUCACGCAGGUGAUGGAUACUUUUACGCGACAGAAAGGCUUCCCUGUCGUAACUGUGGAACAGCAAGGUGGACAAUACCGAUUAAGACAGUCAAGGUUUCUGGCCGAUCCUGAUGCAGUAGAAACGGAGCAGUCAGAAUUCAGCUACAAGUGGAACAUCCCAUUAACAUACACGACAUCUGAUGACCCGAGCAUUAUAAAACGAUCGUGGUUCCGCUUGGAUAAGGAACUGGCUUACAUCGAUGCCCCAAGCAAUACAGACGGUUGGAUCAAGCUGAACUACGAACAGGUUGGAUAUUAUCGUGUCAACUAUCCGGAAAAUCUAUGGAAGCUGUUCAGCGAGCUGCUCGUGGGAGAUGUUAACGCAUUCAGCAUUGGUGAUCGCACUGGACUACUCAACGAUGCUUUCGCCCUAGCAGACGCUUCUCAACUUAGAUACGAUUUGGCACUAGGGCUGACCGAAUUUUUGAAGCAGGAAACCGAGUACGUACCUUGGGCAGCUGUUUCCAGCAAAAUGAAGACCAUCCGUAAUUUAAUCUACGAUUUCUCAUCCUACGAUGAUAUUACUUCAUAUGUCCAAGUACUGGUCCAACGUGCUUACGAAACUGUUGGCUGGGAUGUAGUUGGAGAGGAUCAUAUGAAAAACCGUCUUCGUACGACCGUCCUGGACUUGGCUUGCUCAUUCGGUCAUGCCGGAUGCCUGGAAAAAGCCUACCAAAUGUUCCGCGAGUGGCUGGACAAUGAUAGUACCUAUAUCCAUCCUGAUCUUCGUACCGUUGUGUAUUACUACGGUGUACAGAAAUCCGCAAACGUCACCGACUGGGAAAAAGUCAAAGAACGUUUCCGCGCGGAAGUCGAUGCAAACGAAAAAACCAAGCUGAUGAGCGCCUUGGCUGCCUUCCCGGAUGCAAAGGUUCUACGUCGCUUCUUGGAAGAAGCUUGGGAUCCGCAAUUGGUGCGUGAGCAGGAUCAUCUGACGUGCAUUCAGAACAUCGCUGCCAACAAGCAUGGAGAGCAAGAGACAUGGGACCACGUGAGAGUCAAUUGGGAUCGAUUGGUCAGUCGCUACACGCUGGGAGAACGAAACCUUGGCCGGAUGAUUCCUUCCAUUACCGGUCGCUUUUCGACGCGCAUACGAUUGAUGGAACUGGAGGACUUCUUCGGCAGGAAUCCGGACGCGGGAGCAGGUGCUGCAGCGAGAGUUCAAGCUCUGGAGAACAUCCAAAACAAUAUAAAUUGGUUAUCCCGCAACCAGCAAGUUGUGGCCGAUUGGUUAAGCAAUUCAGUGCAGUGAGUGCACUAGAAGGUUAAGUUAUAAAUCUAUGUUGUUUCCAAGAAAUAAAUUGUGAUAAAGUCAAUCGAAA